AUGCUGGAAUCGACUGCCUUAAUAGGAUUACCUUUGUCAAUUCAUCAUGUUGAGUUUUACGUUUCUAAUGCUUUACAGAGUUCUUAUUGGUACUGUGUCAAUUUUGGUUUUCAACAAUUUGCUAAAAAAGAAGAUGCUCAGUGGAGCAGUAUAGCCAUUCGCAAUGGGAAGAUUGUUUUCAUCUUUACGGCAUGCAAAGAACAAGAUGAAGAUUUCGUGAAAUAUUUGACAAUCCAUGGCGAUUCUGUUAGAGAUGUAUCAUUUCUGACUAAUGACAUAAAUGCGGCUGUCGAGCGCAUCGUUGAAAAAGGUGGAUUUGUGGUAAAGCCAGUUGAAGUUGUUGCUGAUGAAGAUGGUUUCGUAAAACUUGCUGUUAUUGGUUUACCAGAAUGUGACGUACGUCAUAGUUUGUUGGAUUCAAAAACUUAUCGAGGGUUCUUUUUGCCGGAAUAUGAACCAUAUGAUUGUAGCAGCAAUAUUCUGAAAUCAAUAGAAGAAAUAUCGAUCAUUUCCAUAGAUCAUUUUGUAAUCAAUUACCCAGUGGACUUUAUGCAACCUGCUUUGCAUUACUAUCAUCAAAUGUUUGAUUUCGAAGAAAUAUGGUCGAGCGAUGAAACGAUAUUCAGCUCGAGUCAUUCUGCUAUGAAAAUCGUAUUGAUAACGAAUAAAUACAAAACGAUACAGAUAGGUCUUGCUGAACCAGUCCCAAGAUUUGUAGGAAUGAGGAGCCAGAUACAAGAAUUUUUGGAUUACAAUAGAGGUUCUGGUGUCCAACAUAUCGCAUUCCUGGUUGACGAUAUUGUUCAUACGGCGGAACAAAUGAAACAGAGAGGUGUCAAAUUCAUUGCUAUUCCCGACGAAUACUAUACCGAUCUUGAAGCACGUCUUGCCACUUCUCCAGUAAAGUUGUUGGAAAACUUUGAAAAAAUCAAACAGCUUCGAAUUUUAAUGGAUUUCGAUGAUCACGGAUAUUUGCUACAGAUGUUCACUCAGCCUGUCCAAGAUCGACCUACGCUUUUCUUCGAAGUGAUCCAAAGAAAUAAUUAUUCCGGUUUUGGUGCUGGAAAUAUAAAAGCUUUGUUCAAUGCAGUAGAGAAAGAACAGGAGAGACGUGGAACUCUUCACCACAAUUUAUGA